AUGUCUUUGCUUGAGGUGAUCACGAAGGCUUCGGCUGAUUCUGAGCAUGUCGUCUCCCAAUCUGAAUACCCAAUAAUUUUAAACACAGAUGGUGUUUUCCUCAAUUUGAAGCCAGCACUUGAGAACCCAGAUGCCACAUCACUUGCCUGUCCUGUUACUGGAUGGCAACUCUCACAAUCUGAUUCCCAACUCAUUGAUUCCGGAAAGAAAUUCUAUGCUAAGCUAAAGCGGAAGCUCAAGGAUCACAGUAAUUUCAAUAAGGAUGAAUUCAUUGGAAUUUUUAAUCCAUUUCUUGAGAAAAUUAGCCACAAGGUUGGUAUUUCAAUUGGGAUUGAUUCCUCUGAUGCCGGUUAUACUUGUGUGUUGAUUGAGAAGGUCGGUUUUUUUAUGGGUAGAGAUGUGGCUGCUUUGGUUAUGGAAGCGUGUGUUAGUUUGGAGAUCUGGGAUUUGGUGGAGACUUUGAUUGUUAAUAGGAUUGUAGAUCACUCUUCUUAUUCGGAUUUGGUCACAAGUCUUGUGAAGAAAAGGAGGUCUGAUUUGCUCUCUCUGGCCAUUAAACAUGCUUCGGAUUUCGGAUUGCCUGAGUUGCUUGCCAUUUUGAAGUAUUUUCUUUGUCCAUCAAAGGAUGCUUACAGUUGCAUGGUGAUUGUGAGGAAGGAAUGGGAGAGGGAGGCGUUGUUAGCUAUUGAGAAGGCUAGCGAUAAGAAUCUCUCGGAAAGGAAAUCAAGACUAACCAAGGAGGCUUCAAUUUUGCUUAUGCUUGCGCAUGAUGGGUUCUCAACGUCUGAGCUUUGUUUGCAUUAUGUACUGGCAUCACCAAUUGUUGACGAAGCAAUCUUGUCAUCUUCAAUUAGUAAACUCAACGGUAAAGAGAUCACGAGUUUGAUUAGGUAUUUAGGGAAAUGGCUCAAGAAGUAUGAGAUGUUUCCUCAGGCAGGUCUCUGUCCGAAGGCUUCUUCUGUGUUGGGUCUGAAGGCUUGUGAUUGGGUUCCUAAACUUGAAGAUAUUGUCAGAUGGCUUGGGUUAGUGCUGGAUGAAUGCUUCUCUUCACUGGUGUUGCAUCCGGAAUUUCAUGAAGAGCUGAAAUCCAUUGAGGCAUUAGCUGCUUCGCUAGCCUCAGAAGCUGAACUCAGUUGCAGUAUAGCAAAUGUUGUUGAGUAUUUGAGAACCGAAAAUAAAGUUGAAUAG